UAUCGAAAUAUCGAAUAAUUUAUUGGUCAAAGGAAAUUUAAGCGAAUUUUUAGUUUAGUUUAUUCAGAAAUUUAGGGAUUUACGACGACAUAGUCGGUAUAGGAUGAAGAGUUUGGAUGAGAUAAAGGCAGAAUAUCCGCUGCAUUGGGAGAUAUGGAAUGGCAAUGUAGAGCAACUACAGCUGGAAUUGCAAAAAGAACAGAUUGAUAAGGAAAAAAUCGAUCCGCGGGGACGAACGCCGCUUCUAUUGGCCGUGAGAUUGGCGAAUCUUCCAUGCAUCAAGUGCCUUCUAGCAGCCAAGUGCAAUGCCACCUAUGAGUUUGAGGGUUGGUCGGUUGUCCAGGAGGCUGUAUGCACUGGCGAUGUGGAUAUACUUACUGCCAUCAUUGAGGUGCGAGAUUUGCAACGACAUGUCCAAAGGGUGACUCAUGUCCCCAAGCUAUUACAACAUUUGCUCGAUGCACCAGACUUUUAUAUAGAAAUGAAAUGGGAAUUCACUUCAUGGGUGCCUCUAAUGUCCCGGCUGUGUCCCAGUGACACUUACAAAGUGUAUAAGCGUGGCGCCAAUGUACGAAUAGAUACGACACUGUUGGGGUUCGAUAAUAACACUUGGCAACGAGGGAAUCGUUCCUACAUAUUCAAGGGAGGAAAAGAAACUGCCACAAUGAUUGAAAUCGAUCAUGAUACCCAUGAAGUUAUGGUGGAGCAAAUGAGCAGCGAUAUUGGCGACAUUGUAGCCAUUCCCCCGCCCAUAGGCACGGUGCGGGCCCGCCUCAAUGCUCCGGUUAUUACCAAUAACAUUGAGAUGGAAAAGAUAAGCUUUGAGCGCAAUAAAUCCGGGAUUUGGGGCUGGCGUAGUGAGAAAUCGGAAGUAAUUAAUGGUUACAACUGCAAAGUGUAUGGGGCUAGCAAUGUGGAAUUUAUAACAAAGACCCGUACUGAUCAUCUCACCGAGGAGCAGCUGAAAAAUAAGACAGCUCGCACGCCAUUGCAUAGUCUGUUGGGCAUAGCCGAUGAGGAUUAUGUGCCACCCACAGAGAACACGUCCCCGCCUGCUGUGGAAAAUGGCGAACGAUUGUCACCUUCCGCUGCCGUUGGUGGUGGCGCAGCGUCUGCUGCAGUUCCCCUACUUCCUGGUAGUAAUGGUAGCUCUUCUGCCUGUGCCUCUGGAGCAAGUACACCCAAAUCACCACAGUUGAUAACGCCCGAGGAGUAUUUCAGUGGUGAGAUCGAUCUACAAGGUCGUGAUGUCGGCAAGCCAAAGAAUCUGAACACCAAAGUUCAACGUUUCAAAGCGAAUCUUUGGCUUGCAGAAGAGCAUCCCAUACGAUUGCAAGAGCAAGUGCUGCCCAUUCUCGAUCUAAUGUCCACCAUGGCCAGUCCACAUGUGUCCAAGCUGAAAGACUUUAUAACAAUGCAGCUGCCAGCUGGUUUUCCGGUCAAAGUAGAAAUUCCGCUCUUCCAUGUGCUGAAUGCGUGCAUAACAUUUGGCAAUGUCUUUGCACUGGCAUCGCCGGUGGAGUAUGUGGCCACGUUGCAGGAGCAGGACCGUGUCACCUGCCUGGUGGAUGAUCGUUGCUUCGAUGUACCCGCUCACUAUACGAACCGCGGUGGUGAUUCGCGUCGCUCCAUGCCCUUGGACGAAGAUGAUAUGUUGCAAUAUGCCAUCGAACAGAGUCUGGCAGAGACAAGUGGUUCUGGUGGAGCCUGCGGCAUAGAUGCCGAGGAUAAAGUGGAUAUCUGGGAAGUGUUGCGGGGUCAACAUGUUGUCGGAACCGAACUUUUGCCCGAAGAUGAUGAGCAACUGCAGCGGGUUCUGCAGGAAUCCCUUCUGGGUGCGGCUGGGGCCCAUGCCAGUGGUUCACCCGUCUCCGAGGACGAUGAUGAUGGCGGUUUUCGUUAUGUGGAUCCUGAUUUAGCCAUGGCCAUGCGUCUCUCUCAACAGGAUCAACAAAAAUAUGAGCUGGAACGGCAACGGGAGCAGGAAAUGAUAGAGCAGGCUUUAAAAUUAAGUCUACAGGAACACUAACCAACCAAAACCAAUCAACCAACCAAAUCUCUUCAGCUAUUAGAGACCCAAUAUCCAAAUAUCAUCCAAAUGUAUGUGUGUUUUGGUUGUUUUCGCGUUCUCAGUUUUGUUCCUAAUCUAAACAAAAAAAACAACAAACAAAAUCCUAAGUUAUAUCAAUUGAUUGUAAAUUUUAAGUUUAUUCUCCUUUAUAACUAUCUUUAUUUAUGCAUCCUACUUGAAAAGGAUGUAACCUUAAUUUUGUAUUGUGAUAUAUAUAUUGAAUUGAACAGAAGCGAGCCUCGCUAGACGAACUCACAAGUCGCAUCACUAAAAAAAGAAAAACAAAACAACAAAAAAAAUCAGAGAUCUUGUAGUCAUAGCUUUUGCUAAAAACUUAUCUAAUAUCUAAGUCCAACAUAAAGAACAACAACAACAUUUA